AUGGAGUUCAAAGUUGCUUGCUUUCUUUCUUCAUCUGCUUCAACACAAAUGGGUUCUCCCACCAACUUCGACUGUAUCAUCUUCGAUCUAGAUGACACAUUGUAUCCUUCAAGUACUGGUAUAGCUGAGGCUGUGAAGAGAAAUAUCGAAGAUUUCCUUGUUGAAAAGUUAGGGUUCUCUCGGGCCAUUGCUUCAACUCUCAGAGUUGAGCUUUUCAGAACUCAUGGCAGCACUCUUGCUGGCUUACGGGCAUUAGGGUAUGAUGUUCAUCCCGACGAUUAUCAUGGUUUCGUGCACGGACAAUUGCCGUAUGAUUUGAUCAAAGCAGAUUAUAAUCUACGUAAUCUCCUGGUGGGGAUCUCACAGAGAAAAAUAAUUUUUACCAAUUCGGACAGAAAACAUGCAAAGGAGACUUUGAGAAGGUUGGAAUUAGAAGAUUGCUGGGAUGAAAUUAUUUGCUUUGAGACUAUGAAUCCAAAUAUGCAACAAUUCCCUAUUACUUUGAAGCCAUCUCUAGAAGCCAUGAAAAUUGCUCUCCAAAUUGCACAAGUCGAUCCUCGCCAAACCCUGUUUUUGGAUGACAAUGUUCGAAAUAUCGCUGCUGCCAAAUCCGUAGGUCUUUGGACUGUUCUGGUUGGGAAAUCUCUUAAAAGCAAUGAAUCAGAUUAUAAGUUGGAGGCAGUCAACCAAUUGCCACAAAUGAUACCAAAACUAUGGACUCACAAAAUCAACCAUAAUACAAGUGAAAUUCAGGCUAUUGACACAUCAAAUAGGUUGAGCCAUCUUGGUUCUACUCUAGUCCUAUCAACUUGCAAACGCUCAUGGAGGUUUAGCUCAAAUAAAUUUUGGAUUCAAAAUAGUUCUAUCUAUGGCAAAUUGUGUCAUACACUUUAUAAGACUCAGGUGAAUGUUAUUAGAGGUGCACUAAAUGCAGCUGAAGAUGAUGUUUUACUAGACUUGUGGCAUAAGAGGCUAACUCACAUAAGUGAGAAAGGGUUGUAG